CGUAAAGCAAAACAGAUAGCGUUCGACGGCUACUUACAAAAACCGGAAGUGCGCUGAGAGUGGAGCCUGGACACAAAGGAGGAGGAUGUGAGAGAAGGCAGCGAGAGCGGGGGGCCAGGAAGGAAUAAUGAAAGAAGGAAGGCCCUGUAGGAUGUUGAACAGCUGUUUGUGGCUAUACGAUGGAAGGAAACGAAGCAACAAACGUGUGCAGUAAAUCAAUUGGAUGGUUUCAGCAGCAAGACAAAAAUGCUAAGCCUUGGCUGUGGAAACUCUCAGACUGCUUCUCAACUGUUGGCCAGGCUGAACCUGCUACUGGAGGGAAACCGAAAGAAUACAUGGAGAAUCCAAAACCUACAGUCGAACUAAAGGAUGUUCCUCCUCCUCCUCCUCCCCCACCCCAACUCAAAUCUUGUACAAAUAUCUUCCCAACAGUACCACUUCCCCAAAUUCAACCACCCUCUCUUCGAAAAGGCCACAAAGUAAGCUGCUGUGCUCUCUGCUCCAACGGCACACCUUGCACAUCUGACAUUCGGCACGGUGGUGGUGGUUUUAUUCACCCUAAAACUAUAUUGGAUGAUAAAGUUAGUCGUACCAUUACAUGUCAGAUCUCCUCUGGUCUUGCAAUGCCACCUGGAAGUCCCUUCAAGAAAGUCCAUACUGCAGGCAAUUUUGGCAGCUUAUGUAUGGAAUGCAGGCUAGCUCCCCACCAGCUUCAUUCAUCUCAGCCAGUUAGUUGCUGUGCUAAUGCCCAUCUAAGUCCCUUUCACAGUGAUCUUCACAAGCUCCACAUCUCUGCACUUGGCACUUCUCCCAACUAUUUCCCUUUUUCUGACUUCACAAGUGGGUCGUCUCAGCAUUUUAAAGAGCACCUUACUCAGUCUGAACUCCUGUCACACAUUUGCACAAAUUCGCUGUUUCUAAACACUGCACCUCCUGUUUUUCUUAAAGGGUCUCACUUCUGUGAUGUCUGCUUGGAUAAGCCAUCUAGCAAUAGUGAUGCAAGUAAACUCUGGCCAAAUAUACCUCCUCCGAAUGCUCAGACAGCACCCAUCCCUAUUUGCAAUGGUUGUGGGACUCAAGAUACUGUGAAGGAGGCUGCUUUAUUACUGGCGAAGAAUCUCUGUAAAGCAUCACAGAAAUAUGGAUCUCCAGACUUGGCAACUGGUGGGCAAAUACAGGAAAACCUACCCCCUAUUGGUGUAUUUUGGGACAUUGAAAACUGUUCUGUACCCAGCGGUCGGUCUGCUGUAACCGUGGUGAAACGGAUCCGGGAGCGGUUUUUCAGAGGUCAUAGGGAGGCAGAAUUCAUCUGCGUCUGCGACAUCAGUAAAGAAAACAAAGAAGUAAUUGAGGAACUCAAUAACUGUCAGGUGACUGUUGCUCACAUAAAUGCUACAGCAAAGAAUGCUGCAGAUGACAAACUAAGGCAGAGUUUACGAAGAUUUGCUGACACGCACACUUCUCCAGCUACCGUGGUUCUGGUUUCCACUGAUGUUAAUUUUGCUCUGGAGCUUAGCGAUUUGAGACAUCGACAUGGUUUCCAGAUUAUCCUGGUCCACAAGAACCAAGCUUCAGAGGCACUCCUGCAACACGCUCAUGAGUUAAUCCGAUUUGAUGAGUUUAUUACUGAUCUGCCUCCAAGAUUACCCCUUAAAAUGCAGCAGUGCCAUACUCUUUUAUAUGUAUAUAAUUUGCCAACGAACAGAGACACGAAAAGUAUCAGUAACCGCCUUCGACGUUUGUCUGAUAAUUGUGGGGGAAAGGUAAUGACCAUCUCUGGCAGCAGUGCCAUCCUUCGUUUUAUAAACCAGGAGAGUGCGGAGCGGGCUCAAAAGCGCAUGGAAAACGAAGAUGUGUUUGGCAACAGGAUCGCUGUGUCUUUUACCCCUAAAAACAAGGAUUUAAUAGAAACAAAAAACUCUAACUGCACUGGAACAAAAAACAUGAACUGCACUGGAACUGAGAAAACCAAGUCUCCCAAGAAACUGAGCAAAAACACCAAACUGUGCCUCACAUCUAAAGAUCAAAAUGAAGCGUCCCCAAACGCUAAAGCUGCUGCUAGCAAAGUGACAACACAAAGCUCUGCCGCCAAAAAUGCUAACGUAAAAAGUCUGCAGGAGUUGUGCCAAAUGCAGUCCAAAUCGAGUUCUGGAAAUAAUCAGAGACACCCAGACCAAGAGAAGAAAAAGAAUGGCGACAGACAUGACGCUGCCGGGGUUAAAUCUAGCUGCCAUUCUUUAGGCGAAGUGCCUGUUACAGUGAAAAGUGUUGGGACAGAGGACCACUUUUUAAAACCUUUUCAAAAGAACAAUGACCAUAUUAGCAGAAGUGUUUCAAAUUCUCCUCUUGAGAAGAAAGAAGAUGAUGAAAUUGCAUUUCAAAUCAGUAACCCGUCUGCUUUUAGCAAACUCAGGGGAUCACGGCAUCGGAGUCCUUUACGUUCAUCUCCAAGUUGUUGGUCUUCAAGAAGUUUGUCACCGAGUCUUUCAAACCGUUCUUCUUCCCCACUUGCUGUUAACCAGACAAUUGCUGGAGAGUGCACAGGAGAUCCAUUUGCAUACGGCACUGAUAUUCACAUUGCCAAUCUGGACUACAGAAUGUCUAGAAAAGAACUUCAGAAAACCCUCUUUGACCUAUUUUCCAGGCAUGGAAAGCUAAAACAUGUUGAACUCAGCCCUCAUACGGACUAUCAGUUGAAAGCUACGGUGCAGAUGGAAAACCUCCAGGAAGCAAUUUGUGCUGUAAACAGUUUGCAUCGAUAUAAAAUUGGUAGCAAGAGGAUCCAGGUUUCGCUUGCCACAGGGGCAACAAAUAAAUCGCUUUCUAUGUUAAGCUAUGAAACCAUUUCCAUUCUUCAAGAUGCUCCAGCCUGCUGUCUGCCUUUAUUUAAGUUUACAGAAAUCUAUGAAAAAAAAUUUGGACACAAGCUGAUUGUGUCAGAUUUGUACAAAUUGACAGACACGGUUACUAUCCGUGAUCAGGGAAACGGGCGACUUGUUUGUCUCCUACCAAGCAGUCAAGCCAGACAGAGCCCAUUAGGGUCUUCUCAGUCGCACGAAAGCUCAUCAACCAACUGCAGUCCGGUGGUGUUUGAAGAGCUAGAAUAUCACGAGCCUGUGUGCAGACAGCACUGUAAGAAUAAGAAAUUCAGUGAGCACGAUUUUGACCCAGACUCCUACAUAAUCCCAUAUGUGUUCCUGUCUUUGAAAAACUUUGCUCCUCAAGUUCAUAGUCUUUUACAGACCCACGAGGGCACAGUCCCCCUAAUAAGUUUUUCAGAUUGCUAUGCUGCAGAAUUUAGUCCAUUAGAAGAAGUACAGGAAGGAGAGGGUGGCGUUCCUCUGGAGCAUUUGAUCACCUGUAUUCCUGGGGUUAAUAUUGCAACUGCACAAAAUGGCAUCAAGGUUGUGAAGUGGAUACACAACAAGCCACCUCCCCCAAAUACAGAUCCCUGGCUGUUACGGUCAAAGAGCCCAGUAGGUAACCCACAGCUGAUUCAGUUUAGCCGAGAAGUAAUCGAUCUAUUGAAGAAUCAGCCUUUCUGCAUAAUGCCAGUCGGUAAAUUUAUCCCAACGUACCACCACCAUUUUGCAAAACAAUGCCGCGUCUCAGAUUAUGGUUACUCCAAAUUGAUGGAGCUGCUAGAGGCAGUACCUCACGUUCUGCAGAUUCUCGGAAUGGGCUCCAAGCGCUUGCUAACGCUAACUCACAGGGCACAAGUGAAGCGGUUCACUCAGGACCUACUCAAGCUUCUUAAGUCCCAGGCCAGCAAGCAGGUCAUUGUAAGAGAGUUCUUACAAGCCUAUCAUUGGUGCUUCUCAAGAGACUGGGAUGUCACAGAAUAUGGUGUUUGUGAAUUGGCUGAUAUUGUAUCAGAGAUACCUGAUACCACAAUAUGUCUAUCACAGCAAGACAAUGAGAUUGUGAUCUCUAUUCCCAAGCGAGAACGUACUCCUGAUGAAAUUGAGAGGACCAAGCACUUUUCUAAGGAAGUUGUUGACUUAUUACGACAUCAGCCUCACUUCCGAAUGCCAUUUAAUAAGUUUAUUCCAUCCUACCACCACCACUUUGGUCGCCAGUGCAAAUUGUCGUACUACGGGUUCACCAAAUUGUUAGAUCUUUUUGAGGCCAUACCAGAUGUCUUGCAAGUUUUAGAAUGUGGGGAAGAGAAGAUUCUGACCCUGACAGAAAUGGAGCGCGUUAAAGCUUUAGCCUCGCAACUUGUUAAACUCCUUCGCCCUCAAAAAGACACCUCCCUUAUGAUGUUGGACUUACUGACUGAAUAUAACAAGACGUUUGGUUAUAGUCUGAGGCUUCAUGACUAUGAUGUCAGCUCUGUUCCAGCACUGAUGCAAAAGCUUUGCCAUGUUGUUAAGGUUACAGAUACAGAUUCUGGCAAGCAGAUCCAACUAAUUAACAGGAAGUCCUUGCGGUCAUUAACGGCACAGCUACUGAUACUGCUUAUGUCUUGGGAUGAGUCGUCUUUCCUUACAGUAGAUCAACUCCGUGAAAUUUAUGAAUCUGUCCAUGGUGCUGUUCUUAAUCCAUGUGAAUAUGGAUUUGUAUCCUUGACUGAACUCCUGAAAAGUUUGCCUUACUUGGUUGAGGUAAAUUCAAAUAAUUCAUGUGAAGACUCUGUGCAGCUGACGUCACUUUAUGUAUUUGCAAAGAAUGUCCGUUCUUUGCUGCAUACUUAUCACUAUCAGCAGAUUUUCUUGCAUGAAUUCCUAAACGCCUUUAGCAAGUUCACCGGUGAAAUGCUACAGCCCAAACUGUAUGGAUACUGUAGUUUAGAAGAGAUCCUGGGAGCAAUUCCGCAGGUGGUUUGGAUUAAAGGCCAUGGUCACAAGAGGAUUGUGGUUCUGAAAAAUGACAUGAAAAUUUGUCACCAAAUGGAUAAGGAGCUGCUGUGCCUCACAUCUCCUGUUGACCUCCUGUGUGCACCAGUUCCUUCCUGCCUCCCGUCCCCGCAGCUGCACCCUGAUCCUGUGGUCCAGGAGUCUGCUGACCUCAUUCAGUUUGAAGAACAAUCUUAUGCUUCGGGCCUGGUGCAUUUAGCAGAAGACAUCAAGAACUUUUCUUUCUCCAAUGGGGCACCCACUUGUGACUUUACGUGUGGCUUAGACCAGGCUAUUGAACCCCUUGAAGAGCCACUAGAAACCAAGCCCACAAAGGAUUUAAUGGAAAGCCCAGUUAGGAAACAAAACCGAAACCGUGUUAAACUGGCAGCAAACUUCUCAUUUGCACCCAUAACAAAGCUUUAAAUAUGAUUUCCAUCAGUAAAGUUAAAAAAUAUCUAAACAAGUGCAAAUGACAGAUAUCGGCAAAAGCCUAGCUUCUAUGAAGCAAUUCCCUUUCUAUUUGAAAUAUUAUUGUUAUUAAUGGUCCCAACAUUUUACGGCUUUUGGCAACUUAGUUCUAACAAGUUCGGUUUUAUUUCCUCGAAGCCUCAUCAGUGUUGUAAUCCCCUAUUAGUAGAGUGUGUUUAUGAUCAAUUACAUAGACCUCAUUUCGAGCAGUGUUACACCAAAAGCAUGACCUUUAUUCAAGGCAUGUCCGUUUUUUAACCCCUAAUUCCCUUGGGUAAUGAACUUGUGUUUGUGAGGACAAUCCUGUUUUAUCGAAGUGACACUUCUGUUUUUAUUUUGGCACUGCUGGAAAUUUAAUAUCUCGCUGUGAUUGUACCAUUCUAAGGGAAAAAAGGUUAUUACGUAUAUGCAUUUAUAAUAUUUUGCUUGUACAGGUUUAUUUUUUAUGCUAGUACUAUUUCAGGUGACUUGUAAGAACUGUGGAUCAUUUUCCUGUAUAGAUUAAUGAAUGAUUGUGGGUUUUAUUGCCCAGUUUUAAGUACUUUUUUUUUUCGUUUCAACUGAAGGGCUGUAUAAUUAAGUUCAGGGGUAUGACACCACAUCCCUUUUUAGGUUUUGUUCCUGCUCAAUAGUUGGGUUUGAAAAGUAAAAUGCAUUGUUUAGACAACAAAGACUGUUUUGGGAGAAUACGUUUUCACUCAGUGAAAGUUUCCUGACUUUAUAUACAGUAAUAUGCAUUGAAAUGCAUAAAUUAUGGAUUGUGCAGCCAUAGUGUUGUAGUGCAGUGAGCUUCAGUAGAUGUUUCCAUGUCCAGUGAAAAAAAGGGCUCAUCUACAAAUGGAAAUGCCAAGGUUGACCUACUUAACCUUUUUAAGAGUUUACUAAACAGGGGAAAGCUUUUGGUGGGCUGGCAUACUUUGUCUUUUAAUCUAUCUGUAAAAUGUUUUUAUUCAGAACUAUGUUCCUUGAGUUUUGGAAGCUGAUGUGUUUGAGGUGUCAAGAUGGCUUUUUGGGUGGAAAAAGACCACAGUUGACUCUUGGGUAAAAACCAGUGAACUUACCUUUUUAUGUUUGGUUUACUGACUUGAAAUUGUGACGGAAGGUCAGCUGCUCCUUCUGGGUUACCCUGGCUUUUACAAUGGAUUGUAUUUGCCAGGCAGGUGGUUUCAUGUAGAACCUCCUUAGGUUCUACGUUGAUUUGUUGGGUUCUUUUGCAAUAUGCUUGAAAGAUAAGAGGACUUUGAUUGUAUAGCCAUAAAAAUAAUGUUUUUACGUAAUGGCUAUAAGUAGUUAUUUUACCACUUGGAUUUUGCACAAGAAUCUUUUAAUGUGGCCGAUUUAUAUUGAAAGUUGUAGCUACUGUGUAGACAAGAGAAAUAUUCUGCACAACUGAAUGCUCUAGUCUGUACCGAAGGCAUUUCCUCUACAAACAUGGUGGCAUUUCAUAAAAUAAAGUUCAGGUAAAUUUGUUUUAGAAUGAUUUUAAGAGAAAAAAAAACAUACAAUUUUUUUGUGUGUGUGAACACAUUGUUAACCCUAUGCAUGGAUUUAUUUUUGUAAGGUGAACACAAAAUCACGAGUACUGUGCAAGAAAAGUAAACAUUUUUUUGUUUUCAUGGCAUGCAACAAACUACAAGUCACCUGAAAUACUUUUAUAUUCUUUAGUUGUACAAUGUUAUCAAAGUCUGCACUUUGAAGCAUAGAGGUUAUACUUGUGAUAGGAUACAGAUAUUUUUUACUUUUUGUCCUCCAAAUAAUUUAUUUGUAACUUGCUCAUAUGAGCAUAAGCUGACAUUUACUUGUCAGGUGUGGAUGAUGGCUUACAUAAUGCAAAAAGACAAUUUUUUUUAACUUGUGGAUACAAUAAUUAAUUUUGGGGCAGAUUUAAAAACUUAUUUUGAAAAUUAAAGCUUUAAUUUUGUAGAAUAAAUAAAUGUUAAUGUACCACCACUUUGUGGAAGCCUUGGAUGUAUCAAGGCUAGAACUAAUGCACUGUUUCUUCAUUUAACGUCUCAAAUGCUGUUAUCUGUGUUUUGGGACCAAACCCUUGUGUGUCAAUAAAAUUUACUUGCAAGCAUA